UCGAGACAAUCAAAAAAAUAAAAUUAAAAAGGAAAAAAAAGUUCUCAAUUUUUGUGCGGGUGAAGGAGAAGGAGAAGCAAACAGAGUCCCCCCAAACCCUGAUUCUGCUAUUUUUCUUCUCCAAAACCACCCCCCUUUACUCAGAUUAAUCCGUUACUGCAAUAAAAACCGGUCCUUUUUCAGGUUCAGAUGGAACAAAUAGGCAUAAUAGCUUGAAUACACUGAACAACCCCAAGGUUUAGGUUCAGAGAAAGUUUGUUGCAGCUCUUGUUAUUCACAAGAAGGUUGGUUGGGGAAUCAAUGGCUAAGAAUAGAAUACAAGUUGCUGAAGGUGGUUUUGGCAAGAAAAAGGAUGGGUUUUUGUCAUUUAGUUCAGAGAUAAGUGGUAGUGGUGGUCUUGAAUGGAGUUUAUCAGAAGGGGGUUCUUCUUCUUCUUCAAAUCGGAAUUAUCAUCCUGGUGGUUUAUUUGCAAGUGUUGGUCAAAUGGGUAUGGGAUUUGGAGUAUCACCAAACUCACCAAAUCAAAGUGCACCUUCAAAUCCAAGAGAUAAUGCUAUAAAGCUUCCAUGUACUGAUCUUUAUGUUAAAUAUGUUUCGUCGCCGGAAUUUGCAUUUAGGAUAGUCGAGAUACCACAAGAUGCUGAAGUUGUUGAGGAGAUUGAGGAAGGAUUGGUGAAGAAAAAUAAGGGGGGGUUUAAAUUGAAGGUAAAGGUUGCGAAUCCUUCGUUGAGGAGAUUGUUAAGUGGGGCAAUUGCCGGGGCUGUCUCUAGAACUGCUGUUGCUCCAUUGGAAACAAUUAGAACACAUUUGAUGGUUGGGACUAGUGGGGAUUCAUCAACUGAAGUGUUUAAUAGUAUUAUGAAAACGGAUGGAUGGAAGGGUUUGUUUAGAGGUAAUUUGAUUAAUGUCAUUCGUGUCGCCCCCAGCAAGGCUAUUGAGUUAUUUGCUUAUGAUACAGUAAAGAAGCAUUUGACACCAAACCCAGGGGAACCCUCAAAGAUUCCUAUCCCUCCUUCACUGAUUGCAGGAGCCUGCGCUGGAGUUAGCUCAACUUUGUGUACAUACCCUCUUGAGCUUGUUAAAACUCGUCUAACCGUACAGACAGGUGUUUACGAUAAUCUUUUACACGCUUUUGUGAAAAUUGUUCAAGAAGAGGGGGCUGGAGAGCUGUUUCGAGGUCUUACCCCAAGUCUAAUUGGAGUAAUCCCAUAUGCUGCAGCAAACUACUGUGCUUAUGACAUGCUUCGAAAGGGAUACCGAAAAGUCUUUAAGAAAGAAGAAAUCAGUAACAUUGCCACACUAUUGAUAGGAUCAGCAGCUGGUGCGAUUUCAAGUACUGCCACAUUUCCGCUUGAGGUGGCUCGUAAACAAAUGCAGGUGGGUGCUUUGAGUGGAAGACAAGUUUAUAACAAUAUGCUUCAUGCACUUGCAUGCAUAUUAAAGAAAGAAGGCCUCCCUGGUCUUUACAGAGGGUUAGGACCGAGCUGUAUGAAACUAGUUCCAGCAGCUGGGAUUUCUUUCAUGUGUUAUGAAGCAUGCAAAAAGAUAUUGGUAGAGAAAGAAGGUGAUGCAUAAAAAAGAAAAUCUACGUCGCCGGUAAUUAGUUCUUUACAAAGUUCUACAAAAGAAACAAGUGCUGAAAGUCUUAUACUUCAAAGUUUUUGGAUUCAUUAGAUUUAUUUUUUAGAGAUUUCGGAAUUUUUGUUUAACUUUAGAGGUUUGAAUUAAACACAAAGAAACCUUGUGUGUUUGAGGUGAGAACUGAAGUGGGUUUUGAAAUCCCUGGUAUUUUUCAUUAUUAGUUUAUAUUCAUUUUUCUGGUUUACCACAACACUGAUUCUACAUUGAAUUCAAAUCACAAUUAAAAUGCUUCUACAAU